UAUGGUUCAGCAAAGUGUGCUUUCUGAUUCUAGUGUCGACAUGAAAUUUUAUUACAGUUUAUGGUUGCUUUUAGCAGCAGCCAGUACUGCAACAAUAAGCUGUUCACAGACUGCGAUACCAUGGAAUCGUACCGGCUUCUCUUUGGCCCAGAACAUUUACAGUGUGCGCAGCCUCCUGGAUGUCGCGAUGUACGUCGGUACCGGAUAUGACCUUUUGCACGGCAGUCCUGAUGGAGCCAGCUUAACCACCGGCGGUAUGGACCCCGGUCUGAAGGUAGCGAAGACCGUCUUGCAUCAGACCAAGCAGCCAGAAGGCUGCAUUGAAGAGGCCAACUGCGUCCAGUUCGAUACGUCCUUCACGGAUCAGGUCUUCUCCAGUGACAUCGAUUUUCGAUCCUACCAAGAGUCUCAUGAUUCUUCGUGGAAUAUCGAGGGCGAGGUCGGCUUCUGGAUCUUUAAGGCGCGCGGCCGGGCCAGCAAGACUGCCAAUGAGCUGGUGGAUGAAUUUCAGAAGUACGAGAACAUUGUGCUUAACGUGCGCAAUCUGACCAACUACGGAGAAAUCGCCUAUAGAUAUCAUGAGCACCUGCGCUUGUCCAACAACUUCAUGGCGGCCGUGUGUCAGCUGCCCAGUGACUACGAAGAAGGCCCGUACUUGUCGUUUAUCAAGGAAUGGGGUACCCAUGUGGUGAUCAGCGCCAAAAUGGGGAAGCGCGUAACAUCACGGAAGAUUAUUACAAAGUCGGAGUACACAAAAACGGUCAUGGAAAAUUUCACGUCCAGUGAUUCGGGGUCGCUGAACCUGGGUGUGUUUGCCUCGGCCAGCAUGUCCAGCAGCCUCAACUCCAGAAUGAUCGACACGGUAAUGUCCGCCACAAAUAAUUCCUACACCAGCCACCUGAUCAUCGGCUCGGAAGAACGCCCGGCUCCCAUAACCUUUGCGCUGCGGAAAAUGGAUUAUUUUCUGGAUAUGCGGUAUCUCCGCAAUUCUGCACAAUUCAUCGGCAGAUGUCCUCUACUCGACGAUAAUCGUAAUCAAACCAUCCGCGUUAAACAAAUUAUGGCGAAAGCUAUCGAAGACUAUCCUAAAUUAUCCAAUAUCAAUCCCGAUGAACUAGCCGAGGUGAACCGAACCUUUGAGCCCAGCUGGCCUAAAGGACAGUACUCGUUGCUGGUGCCGGAUAGAUUCCGGUGCCCAAAAGAUUGGGCGAGCGGAUACCGCAAUUUGACACUGUACAUGCCGCGACACCAUGCAGCGUCCCAUGCACCAGGAGGGUAUAUGGAGAACCCGUACGGCUGGGUCGGGCUCAUGUCAUCCGGAUACGGAUUUUGCAGUAUUUGGAUGGCCAGUUUCUGCACGAAACGGACGGAGAGAGCACAGAACGGUGGCCCGGCGUACUGGCAGCGCGGUUCGUACUGUGUGUUCCGCAAAGGCGGGACGUGUCCCAGCAGUUUCCCAGGCGUUGGUAACAUGUCCGUAUCCUACAAGGUACAUGUGACUGGCGUCAUUACCGCGACCCAGCCCUUCUCGCAUAAAACUUCCGGCAAUACACCUGAUGGAACCUUUACCACGGCCUCGACACACCUGAACUUCUGCUGCCGCGACGAUGGCCCGACCAACACCCCGCUCUAUUUACCGAGCGAUUCACCCUUUACAUUGCUUCCUAUCGGCAAAGUCUGUCAAGAGGUUUCCGGUAUGACGGCCAGACUGAAAUCACUGACUACAUCGCACCAAAGCAUAAUAGUAUGGGUUCCUACGCCCAAUACGGAACGAGUUAUUCCGACCGUUAUUACAUUUGUGACUUUUUCCCAGCCAGCUCCCUAUUCCGAAACCAGCAACACCAUCGGCGAAAACACUUUAGAACAGACUAUCUAUUUUUGCGAAUACGAAAAACACGAGACAACCUAAUUGCCAUAUGGCGACUGUUUCUUUCGAAGGGAAACGUGUGUUGUGUGGAACUUGUCUUACUGAGCAUUCUUGCAUGCACUCGAGACAGAUGUA